UGACGAUGACAUUGUGCUGAUACUACCCACAUCCCCACUGAUACUUCGCACCACUUAAACUAUCUGUACUUGCCAUCCAAAUCAAGCAACCUUGACCGAACGAUCUGACACCAAAGCGUCUACGUAGAGUUGAGAGCGAUGAUCGAUCCCACAGAGAAUGAAGGGCCAUUCCCCUGCAAGCAGCGGCAACCAUCUGAAUCAAGAGAGAGGCGAGCGCUAAGCGGAGAGCGUGCGGCAGCAGUUCAGAGUUUCCGGGUAUAAGACAGGUCGACAGUUUCGGGGGGCCACUUCCUCGCCGUAUACGACCGCUCUUGUUCUCUGUGUGCGCGCGUUUGUGUGUGUGUGACUGGGUGCAUGUGUGCGCCUGUAGGAAACGACACGUACACCGCAUAUGAUCUAGAGCCAUGGAGUAUUUGCAAGAAUGUGCUGCAGAAGCCAAGAAACGGGUCGUUGUCAUCGGGGCUGGAGCCAGUGGUCUGACAGCAAUCAAGGCGUGUCUCGAAGAAGGGCUCGAUGUCGUCUGCUACGAAAAGUCUGAUCAUGUGGGCGGGCUAUGGCGCUACUCCGACGAGAUCGUACAAGGUCAAGCAUCCGUCAUGAAGUCCACCAUCAUCAAUUCCAGCAAGGAGAUGUCAGCUUUCAGCGACUUUCCCCCGGCUGCCCAUUAUCCGAAUUACAUGCACAACUCCAUGAUGAUAAAGUACAUUGAAGAUUACGCCCAACACUACAAACUCACGGAAUACGUCAAACUCAAACACGAGGUCCUCGACCUUGAACCGACCUGUGGCAAGAAACGGGAAGUCUGCGGCCUGUGGGAAGUGACCGUCAAAGACCCCGAAGGUAAAACCAGCAGCCAAGUUGUGGACGCUGUGAUGGUGUGUUCAGGCCACCACGUCUACCCACUGCUCCCCAGAUUCACGGGCCAGGAAAAAUUCAAAGGACGUAUCAUACACACUCACGACUAUAAGAGACCCAAGGGAUACGAAGACAGAAACAUCGUCGUCAUCGGUGUCGGCAAUUCUGGCGGAGACGUCGCCGUCGAGCUCUCCGCUGUCGCCAAGCAGGUAUACCUGAGCACCCGUCGAGGUGCUUGGAUCAUCCACCGCGUGGGUCGGCAGGGACGUCCCUUCGACGCACAGUACACGACGCGUCUCCUCAACUGGCUCUUCCACAGGAUGCCCUACCAGGUCGUCUGCUGGUUCUGCGAGUACUUCAUCAAUCAGAAGUUCGACCAUGCCGCGUAUGGACUGAAGCCCAAGCAUCGCAUCUUUGGUCAGCAUCCUAUGGUCAACGAUGCGUUGCCCAACAGAAUACUCAGUGGAACUGUACUCGUCAAGGGGAACAUACGAGAGAUCCGUGAGCAUGGCAUUAUGUUCGAAGACGACCGCGAGGAAACUCCCGUGGACGACAUCAUCCUGGCGACGGGCUACAAGGUCUACUUCCCUUUCUUGCGAGAUCAAGUGCUGCCCGUACAGGAGAAUCGGGUGGACGCUUACCGCCUGGUGUUCCCUCCGGAUCUUCCCGGACUGGCCCUCAUUGGUCUUGCUCAACCCAUCGGAGCCCUCCUGCCAGUGUCCGAGAUUCAGAGUCGGUGGGCUUCCAGGGUCUUCUCGGGGAAGCUCAGCUUGCCUUCGCACAUUCGCAUGUGGGAACAAAUCCAAGACUAUCACGACAGGUGUCGUGCACGCUACUUCGCUGGUCCACGCAACACGCUGCAGAUCGACUGGAUCGACUACCUGGACGAAGUCGCGGUCGAACUGGGUGUGAAGCCUAACGUGCCGAAGAUAGCCAUCAAGGACCCUGUCCUAGGCUGGCACCUAACAGCGGGGCCAUCUUUGUCCUACCAGUACAGGCUCGAAGGACCUAAUCCGUGGCCCGGAGCACGCGAAGCCAUUCUGACGUACGAAGAGCGCGUCCGCGGAGCGUUGGAAACCAGGAAGGUUGACACGACCAGCAGCAAAGACCUCUUGGGCACUGUGGAGUCCUUGGGAACGUUGCUUCUUGGAGCCUUCUUUAUGUUGUGCCUGGCUUAUCUGGCAGUUUGGCUGUUUUAAUGUAUUUUAUCCCAUAAUAUUGCGCGUAUUACUGUCCUGGACUGCGGCAUACUGUGCUCAGAGUGCUGGAAGCAGUCCUCACUGAGAAGCUGUCGCAUCUCUUCAAAGCGCCACUAUGAAAUACAUAUCUACAGCUGUCUAUAGUCUUCCAACGUGAGGCGGGGACCGGAGACCGGGAAGCUGCGUCCGCUUUUACUGUGAGACACACGCCAGAGCUCCGAUUGAGGUCCCCUUCUCUUGCAGAAUCAGAAUGAUUUGCGUACUGGAUCUCUUAGCGAGGUUGACCUAUGGUAGGAAAUAAAAAUCAAUCAAUCGUGUUUCAGUAUUGCGAGCAUAAAUCAGGGAAAAAGAAGCACAUUUGUUGUAAGUACUACACACUUACAAGUUGUGUUGUCUUCUCAUCUCAACUAAAAAUAACAGCGGGAAUGUUUUUCUCUAUGCAUUUUACGAAGUAUAGUUUUAUACCGUGUACGAGUGUGUGUCUUCCCAUGUACAGGACUGAAGCACUUCAUUGUUUGUACAUAUGUACGCAUAACAGUUUCUUGUUAUUUAAUAAAG